GUUCUAUAUAGUUGUCUCCGUAUCUAACAAAAGACCAGACGUAAACCAGCAGCAGCAGGCGAGGUUAAAGGUGCGGUUAACCUUAUAUAACAUUCUUCAAAUAGUAAAUUUCGUUAGUCAUUAAGAAAUUCUCCUGGUGUACGUUUGUGAAGAGGAGCUAAUCAUGUCUCGUUUCGUCACGAUAUCUAUAACGAUUUUACUUCUAUUGGCGUAUGAAGGAAGAACGCACGUUAUUCCUGCAUAUGGAGUUACAGUAGGAUUGGCUCCUUAUAAUCACCCAGUUCAAUCUCUAUACCACGCUCAAGACAUCCAUGGUCAAUACAUAUACGGUUACGCAACACCAACAGCAACCAAAACGGAAACAAAAACUGCUGAUGGUGUAACCAGAGGGGGGUAUUCCUACAUUGAUUCACAUGGAGUUCUUCAAAGCGUUGAGUACGUUGCAGAUCCUGCACACGGAUUUAGAGUAGCAGCGACAAAUCUUCCACAAGAUUUACCGGAUGUUGCUUACGCUAAAGCCAAACAUUUAUCGGAGUUCGAAACUAUUAAAAGCGAGCAUCUUGCAGCUAGAACUGUACAAUAUUCUAAUCCAGUCGCAGUUCCAAUUAAUGCCGUUCCAAUUCUUCAACCAGUUCAAGAUCUUCCAGAAGUCGCAGCAGCUAAAGCGCGCCAUUUAGCUCAAUACGAAGCUAUCAAAGCGCAACAUCUCGCUGCCGUUCAAAUCCCGGUUCAACCUCCCGCUCAAAUUCACGAUUUACCAGAAGUUAUUAAAGCCAGAGCGGAACAUUUAGCGGCUGUUGAAGCAACCAAAGCUAGAGAUCUUGCGGCAGCUACUCAACAUCAAUUUGCUGGACCUAGUAUUAGUCCUGUAACAUAUCAAACAGGAUCGUAUGUCGUACCCGUUCGAGCACCUCAAAUUGUAGCGGCACCCGUUAUUGCUAAACAACCAGUGGUUGCUUAUGCACCAAUUCUUCAUCAAUACCAAGCUCAAGAUGGUUACGGACAAUAUUCGUAUGGUUACACCGGUCCGUGGAGUAGUAAAUCUGAAACAAAAUCUCCUGAUGGAGUUGUAAGAGGUGGUUAUUCUUAUAUCGAUGGGAACGGAGUUCUUCAAACUGUACAUUACGUUGCCGACGCUCAUGGAUUUAGAGUUGCUGGUACUAAUAUUCCCGUUGGACCAGAAAGUUACGUACAAAAUCCAUCCCAACCAAACCAUGACGCGCAAAAAUUGUAUUCACACGAUAUCACCUAUUAAUAAUUUUUAUUGAAAAUUUUGUUUAUAUGUACAAACAUAAUUUAUAAAAUAAAUAAACAUGUAAUUAAUU